AUGGGCCAGCGAUGCCCCUGCCGCGAGAUCAAGGAUGUGGCUGCGCAAGAUGCCCCCGGUGAGGGGGAAGUGCACGCCAUAGCCCAGGAGAAGACGGAACCACUCAGCACCACAACGGAUGCCAAGGUCCUCCCCAUGACGAAGCCAGGGGAGGUCAAGGCCGUGCCAGCUGUUGAGCGGAAGAUGCCUUGGGUGCUGCCCCCCGGGGGGAAGCUCACAGUAAUGAUGUUCGGGAUGACUGGAGCCGGCAAGAGUGCGCUCGGGAACCUCAUUGCUGGAUCACAAAUCUUUGAUUCAGGUGAUGACACUUCAAGUAUCACGAACCUGGAUUCUAUCAUGAAGUACGAAGCCGAGGACGGUUCCUUGGUCGUCCUUGACACCAUCGGCUUGGGAGAUACGGAGAUCGACCAAGACAAGGUGGUGGCCAGCAUCAGGGAUGUCGCGCUCUCUGCAUUGCACGGAGUGGACUGUUUGCUGUACGUGAUGCGCAAUGCCCGCAUCACGGAUGAUGCGAUUGCGAGGCUCAUCUACGUUACAGAGUAUCUUUGGGGCGAUGACAGCCUCCUGAACCUGUACAUUGUCGUCACCUGUGCCAGCAAGUAUGCUCGAAGUCGCGAGGAUGCAGAUGAGUGGAUCCAGCGGCAAGUGGAGAUUAACUGGCGCUUCAAGCACAUCUACGCCAUCGUUGGGAACAAUCCGAGCAGGUUCAUUUUCGUGGACAACCCGGACCCAGAGUCGCAGGAGCCCAACCUGGAAGACAGACGGGCGCACAGCCGGGAGACUCUGUACAAGCUGUUUUGUACCCACCCUCGGGAUGCCGUGCCACCCUUCACGCAAGAGAUGAUGAAGAAGGUUCAGGAGAUGACCAAGAAAGAGGCGGAGGAGCUCAAGCAGAAGGAGGAAGAAGUCCAGAGAUUGGAGACUGCCGUCAAGGCUAAGGCCAAAGGCAGUGCCAAGAAAACCUCGGUGACGGGUGUAGUUCCAGCUGCAGCUGCCGCGGACAAGAAACCGGGGCAAGAGCUUUCGGCUUCCGCCAACCUGCUGCAAGCAAAGGAGGAUAUGAAGAAGGCCAAGCUGGCCAUGCAGCUUCGCCUGAACCAGGUCAAGGCCAACAAGGACUUCCAGGAUGCGGCGCAGCAGCACGCUGAUAAGGCCACCAACAGGUUCUUGAACGACUACAAGUCGGCAGACAAUGCCAACACAGACAGGGGCAAAGCUGCCACCAGGAUGUUGACGUCGCUCACCAAGAAGCUCUCGCUCAACACAGCCUCGGCGGCGAAAGCAGCCAGCACAGCUACCGCCAAGUCUGCUCCUGCUGUUCCUCUUGAGCAACAGUUGCAGACCAUUUUGAAGAAGGUAAAGAAAUCGAACAAGGAGACUCCUGCGGCCUUGUUUCGCAAUCUUGGUGGCUGGAAUGGGCCUGGCGCCAUCUCCCCACUUGUUUUUACAAACUUUCUGCUGACACAUGUCCCCGAUGUCACGCAGACGCAGAUCGGAGCUCUGUGGUGGAGAGCCGAUACCAACGGUGACGGGCAGGUGGAUUUGCAGGAAUUCAAAGACUUCUUCUCCAAGUUUGUAGAGGCUGGUCCGCCGUUUGUGCAAUAUGUGAACCAUAUGUUUCCAAGCUGUUUUCAAGGCCUUCUUUUGCUGCAGCUGUCUCUCGGUGCUCUCUCGUCCGUUCGUGCCUCCCGUGCGUCCCCUGUACACAUGGGCACCCCGCUGGAUGAACAGGAGACUUUGGAUCUCCCCCCGCUUCACGACGACGACGUCAGCCCCGUGGGGGGGGGGCGGCUGUUGGGGGGGAAUGAAGAUGCGCAAAUGCGCGAAGCCGCGCAUGCGGCGCUUCUGGCGGCGACCGGAGGGGAGGGAAGGGGGGGAAUGGGGGAAGUUGGGGGGGGUACGGGACUUCGGAACGCCCUUGCUGCGGCAAACGACGGUGCCUUGGAAGCGGCUCAGAAGCUCCUCAAUAAGUCGCGCAGUCCCAGCAUGGCUUCCGCCUCAGGUUAUGCCUCGCCUCGCACACCCAAAGAGGGCGUACAUGAUGAUUGGCAGAUUGCGCUAGGUGGGUGGGCAGACGCCAGGCGUGAUGCUAUUGAGGAGGAAGUCAGAGCAUGGUUUGCAAGGGCGGAAUGCCUCCCUUUGCUUCAGGAUGUGCAUGUGAAUUCGGUAAGGUCUAACACAUGUCGUGUUGACUUGCUGUACAUGCAGCCUAAUCUCAGGGACAGAAGAAAAGUACAGAACUUGUGCGUAGAGGCCCUACGAAACGCUAGCAGGCCGAGUGACAUACCUGGCCAACCCCCUCGCCCCCUGUGGGCCAAACGUAACCGAAGCCCAGCCGAGCGAGCUAGAAUCCGCGCCAUCGUGACCAUCAAGGCCCUGAUAACGAGAUUUCUGAGUGAAGCGGACUUUGAGUUUGACUGGCGAGGACGCUUCUGGGUCAAGGGGGUUAGCAUCUUAGCACAUUGGGAUGACAAGAAACCAACGGAAGGGGGCUUGUUGCUUCUGGACGCGCGAGGCUCGGAGACGGGCUGGUGGAUUCCGGGCCCCCAGGUUGCGCAGUUGAUAGGCACAACGCUGGAGGUGGUACAUUCACACUUUGAAGUGGAGGUUUCACAAAGCUAG